UCUCUUUCGCCUCGCCUGACCGUGACUGAAACUACGCCCAAUGAGUGCUACUGUACACGCGCGCGGAGCUGGUUCCGUUGGCACGUGGUUUCUUACAUGAAUCCGCCUCGUUCGGUGCCUUUCGUGGGAGGGAGGACAAUACAUACCAACAUCUCCCCCCGUCAUAUCCUCUGACACCCUCGACUUGCGCCAUCCCAUGCGUCCUCUCUUGCAAAUGCUCUCCAACCGCAGGCACGAGCAUCGGAUUCGGCAGAAACCCUGACUAAAAUUACUCCUGCGCCGCAUCGACCGAUCAGAUCUUCGAUCUCCAACACCACACCUCGCCAUCUCCCCCGGCCCAGAUCCCCAGUCACGACGUCCGCGAACGCCAGGCGCGGCCUAGCCACCCGCGGCGGCCACCAUGCCCCCGCCCUCCAACACAAAUCACCUCCCCUCCUCCCAUCCUGCCACUCGCCAACGCCCCAAAUCCCCCAACCGCGUGCUUGCUGAGGCUGAGGCGCAAUGGACCUUCACCGAGGCCGAGCUGGCCAAUACGCCCUCCAUUCAGGAUGGCAUGAGCCAGGCUGAAGAGCAGGACUUACGCGCCAAGGGCGUCAACUUCAUCGUGCAGGUGGGGAUCAUGUUGAAGCUCCCGCAGCUCACCCUCUCCACCGCCGCCAUCUUCUUCCAGCGCUUCCUGAUGCGCGCGAGUCUGAAAAAAGAACACAACGGCAUCCCCAAACUCCACCAGUACCAGGCGGCCGCCACGGCGCUCUUCCUCGCCACGAAAGUGGAGGAGAGCUGCCGCAAGAUGAAAGAGCUGAUCCUCGCCUUCUGCCGCGUGGCGCAAAAGAACCCCAACCUCAUCAUCGACGAGCAGAGCAAGGACUGGUGGCGCUGGCGCGACUGCAUCCUGCACAACGAGGACGUGCUGCUGGAGACGCUCUGCUUCGAUCUCACCGUCGAAAGCCCGCACCGCCAGCUCUUCGAGCUGCUCAAAUUCUACGGCCUCGAGCACAACAAGCGUCUGCGCAAUGCUGCCUGGAGUUUCGUGACGGAUAGUAAUAAUACCCAGCUCUGCCUCCUCUGCACCAGCCGCACCAUCGCCAUCGCCAGCCUUCACGCUGCUUGCAGGUACUGUGACGUUGCCAUCCCCGACGAUGCCAAGGGCCGACCAUGGUGGGAAGCGCAGCACGUACGGUUAAAGGACGUUCGCCGAGCAAUUGAAUUCAUGUGUGCCAGCUACGAUCCGUCGUCGAACAAAGUCAAUGGCGUUUCCACCGGCCCCGGCGCGAAUAGCUCGGAUGGCGAGAGGAGUAUCUACGUUGCGCUAUCCACUGACGGUGCGGGAGACGGAUACGACAGCACGAGGCUGAAAGAUGAAGGCCGCGGUGAAUCUCCGUUCAACCCGCCCGCCGUUUACAGCGAGCGGAGACAGAGCAAUGCCAGUUCUGUAGGGGUGAAGCGAGAGCGAGAGAGCGAGCAGCAAGCGCAUCCUCAUUCGAACGGCGUGGCCAAAGAUGUACAGGAGAGUAAGCGGCAGCGAUUAGACGAGGGUGAUCGAGAUCCAAGUGGCGCGCUGCAGGCGACUCCUCUGGAUCCCGCGGCUCCGCGCGGCGACCCCAAAUUGAGAGAAGAGGCGGAGAGGGUUCGAGAUGCGAAUUUGAAGGCCGAAGUGGAUGUUGCGAUAGCCGACGCUGCCGGAAAAGUCGAUAGAGGAGGCGCGCGAAAUGGGGAAGCAAAAGUCGAGGAGGUAGAUGUGGAAGAAGGGGAAGUGGAGGAGUAGCGAAUGUGCAUGGCGGGUGAAUUGAUUCGGGUUUUGCGUCGGCGUUCUGGUGAGCUUUGGGGAAGGGAACGAGUGAAAUGAUACCCCUGAAUGCUUUACGAUUUGGGCGCUGGGAGUGAGUGUUCCUUCAGUCACAUUGAUACCGCAAUGUCAUCCGUGUACCUUAUGAG